GAUCCUCUGCGUUUCUACUCAUCCUUCCAAGUUUUCUGAACUUUUCCCGUCUUUGUUUCUACUCAUCCUUCCAAGGUUUCUGAACUUUUCCCGUCUUUGUUUCCUCCCUUUGUUCCUAAGAAUUUUCUAGGCUUGUUGCUGUUUGGUUUCCUAGAAAAUUUUGGCAAGCCAGUGAUUUUCUUUUUCUUUUUCCUCCUUCCUAUGCACCUGGAAAGAUGAAAACUUUCUAUGGGAUUAUGGGCUGCUAUAAUUGAUGUCUUCAAAUUUUGUUUUCUUUGUACAUAAGCUGAAACUUAUUUUCUUCCCUAGAAAUUUUAGGCUAUUUUCUUUCGGGGUUUUCCUUCCCUUUCUGAGCUUUUAAAACAUUCCUCUGGACUGCCAUUAUUAAUCUCUUCAAAAUUUGUAAUUUUUCUUUGCAAAGGUUUAAACUCACUGCGUAGCUUCUCAAUAUAUAUUUGUGGACUUAGCUCAAUUUUGAAGAUGGUGAGAGGGAAAAUUGUAUUGAAAAGGAUUGAGAAUGCAGCAAACAGACUAGUGACCUUCACCAAGCGUCGUAACGGGCUGCUUAAGAAGGCUUUUGAGCUAUCUGUUCUCUGUGAUGUUGAUGUUGCAGUUAUAAUCUUCUCACAAAAAGGAAGACUUUAUGAGUUCUCAAGCUCUGAUAUGCAGAAGACCAUUGAACGAUACUAUAUGUAUUCAAAAGAAAUUCCAACUUUCAAGCCUGAAAUGGAACAACACAUGCAGCACUUGAGGAUUGCAACAGCAAACAUGUUUAAGAAGAUCGAGUUCCUGGAAGUUUCUAAAAGGAAGCUUUUGGGUCAAGGAUUGGGCUCUUGUUCUGUCGAGGAACUUCAAGAGAUUGGUUGCCAGCUUGAACAAAGCUUGAAAAACAUCAGGGCAAGAAAGGCCCAGUUAUAUCAGGAGGAGAUACAUCGUCUAAAAGCGAAGGAGAAAAUGUUACUAGAAGAAAAUGUGAAGUUAUGGGAAAAGUGUAUUGGUGGGAAGUCAAGGCAGCAACAACAAACUCAACAAAGGAAAGCAAGAAAUGAUUGCACCCAAAAUAUCUAGUGCUUGAAGGUUGUGACGGAAUUAUUUAUCGGAUUGCCACAAAACCAUUAAUAUCAACUGUUUGAAUUAUAUUACAGCUAAAAUAAUUGUGUGAUCUUAAAAUAAUGCUUGUGUGAUCCCAAAUAAUGCUAUAUGAUUAGUGUAUUUGGUGGAUUAGUCCACUGGUUUUCUCUUUAGCAUUUUCUUAAAUUGUAUAUAAUCUAAAUGUAAUUAUAUAGUGUGAAAAUACCAUAGAAGAAUAUAGUGAGGAUGUUGCU